AUGUCGCCCUCACCUCUGCAAGAUGCUGUCCCCACCGAGCUCCUGGUGGAAAUCGUCCACCGCCUAGUGCUCUGUUACACACAAAAUGACGCUCGACCGAUACCUCAACUGAUGAACCUUGGGAAGACGUGCAGAAGGAUGUCCAACAUUCUUAAACCCUUCAUCUUUGAACAACUCUUCGACUGCCUUGUCGCCAUGCAGGUCGGCCGGGUACUCCAGCUACAUCAAGGCGAUAGCUCGGUCAUUCUGGGCCGCAGCCAGGGGUAUUGGGGAUUUGAACAACUUCUCGGUUGCGAAUCUGGCUUCAAGAUUUCUUAUACACCCAAGCACCAGUCUCUCUACAAUGCAGAAGAGCCAUGGGCGUUGUAUCAUCUCCUGAGGCGGCUCAAAGCGAUUACACAAUUCACUGUAUUUAUUCCCAGUCCAGGUGCAACAUCAGAGCCGGGGUUAAAUGUUGGGAGCGCUUGGAACCGUGGCCUGGCUUCUUCAAUCCUCGCCACUGCGCAACACCCGGGUUCCAUCUUGAAGUUCGAGGGCGAUCCAAUGACGUUCCGAUACGUCCUUUCUCCAUUCAAACACGAAAUCCAUGUCACUUCAAUUCAACCAAGCGUAGCGCCUUCUACCCCAACCUCUGCGCGCCUUCCGACACACGACAAGAAGCCCUCCCAGGCCCAUCGCAUUUCGUUGCUCCUACGACGGGUAUUCAAUGGAAUGAGGGAGGAUGUUGGAAAUUCGAAGGGAGAAGUCGACCAACCGAUGGCAACCCCUCAGCCGCCCUCCAAUGGGCAGACUGACAAUCACAUCAUCUCGACUCUCAAAUAUCCACCUCCCGGGAUGAACUUUCCAUCGUGCACCACUAGUUUCCUGGCCGAGAUCGAACUGGGAACACCCCGUAUGCUCGAUCCCUGGUGGUACCACAUCACCCAGUCCCUUCUCCAGUCCUCCUACUCCACCCUCACAAGACUCUCCUUCUCCGCCCAACAUCUGUGCUUAUACGACUGGCGACACAUUCUCCCAACAUGGUCCUUUCCUCAAUUGAAAAUCUUCGCGCCAAGGAGAACAGAAUUCGCCAAUCCCGACCUGCACGACUUUCUGCUUCGCCAUCCGUCGAUUUCAACUUUGGAUCUGACAGGGAAUGAGCUUGCCGGAAGCGUGGACAUAUCGUCAUUUGCGAACACCGACUUCCUACCCAACCUGGAGAUGCUAAUCGCCACUCCCGAUUAUCUCAUUCCAUUCCUCGCACCCACCACAGCUUCCUUAUUUCCGAAACUGGCCCGCGUAAAAGUAACCCAGGAAAUGCGUAGGACGUUCUCCUGCUUCGUUGCCAAUGAUUACAACCGUCUCAUGGAACUACUCGCGAGCCGCACCCCUACCGCCGGUGUCGAGCCCAUCACCGACCUCGCAUUCGAAUUCGACUCAAACCAACGCGAUGCAUACUUCGAAUGGUUUACCUCAGUAUCCUCUCGGCGGGCCCUUCCUUUUGUCAGGCAGCUUUCCGUCUACGCACGACGCUGGUGGCAGGAGAUGGAGGAAGGGCUCGCUAUGAUGGAGGAAGGGUUCGCUAUCCUGGCUUCUUGGUUGAGGAUGUUCCCUGGCCUAAGCGAACUGGUUGUAGGGAAAGGGAUGUUUGACGAGCCGAAUAUGCAGGAAUGGGCGCAAGACAACCCCGCUGGACCACGGAUUUUGUGGGAUGCAUGUCCGCAGCUACGGUCCAUCUCGAUGCAACCGAUAGAUUACGAGUUCACAAGGCCCGACCUGGGCUAG